ACAAUAUGCAGACCAUAGUUUGCCUGGCCGGGCUUAUUCUAGCAGUUAGCAGCUGUAUGGCAGCACCAGCUGCCACAUCCACCAGGAUAGAAACUGAUCCUGAAUUAACUGCUGGCUAUGUUCAAGGCGAUAUGGUUUUCAAUACACCAGAGAAUAGAAAUGGUUUAAUUAAUGAGACAUAUCGUUGGCCCGACAAAACUGUAUACUACUACAUUAACAGUUACAUAGAUCAAGAACAUCGUGAUCAUAUCCUACGUGGUAUUCGAACUAUUGAGCGUCAUUCGUGUUUGGUCUUCAAAGAGGCAACCAGUGAUCAGGACUACUAUGUGAAUGUCACCUCCGAGGCAGGUGGUUGUUAUUCGUAUGUUGGUCAUUUGAAUCGAGUUCAGCAAUUGAAUUUACAAAACUAUCCAUUGGAUACUGGUUGUUUCCGUAUCGGCACAAUCGUUCAUGAAUUUCUUCAUGCCCUGGGCUUCUAUCAUCAGCAGAGCACUCAUAAUCGUGAUGAAUAUGUCCGUAUAGCGGAGGAAAACAUAACCGAAGGCACAGAAAAUAAUUUUAAUAAAUACGACGAGAAUACAGUUACAAAUUAUGAUGAGGAAUACGAUUAUUCCAGUGUAAUGCAUUAUACGGCCUACGCUUUCUCCAAAAAUGGUGAAAUGACCAUUGUACCAUUGAAAGAAGGCGCUGAGGAGCUCAUGGGUCAACGACUGGAAAUGACCCAAAUCGAUAUAAACAAGUUGAAUACCAUGUACAAAUGCCCCAGGCAGUUGUAAAUGUACAUGCAAAAUGAGAGCUUUAUAAUUGAUUAACAUUUUUAUCAAAUGGUAUAAAUAUAGAUUCCUUAAUGGCUAAAUAAGAAUUUUA